AUGACUCUUUUCACUAUAAUCUUUGCUUCAUCAGUACCAACAAUACAAUCGACAUCAAUUAUUGAUUCUAUUGUUCAAUUAUUAUAUAUUUAUUUAAAUCCAAUAUUUCAAACUACACUUAAACAAUUAACUCAAUUAGUUUUUGAACUUGGUGAAAAACUUUCACAAAAUAUUCCAUAUGAAUUAGGUCGUUCCAAUAAAGCUACACCAGCACCAUGGGUUUCACAAUUAUUUGGUGGAGUAAAUUCUAUAGCAACACAAUGGAAUAAUCAAAUAACACAAUUUUAUACUAAUAUUCCAACUAUAUUUGAAAGAAAUGGUAGAACUUUACUUAAUUUUUCAACAAUUAAACAAACAUUAUACAAUGCUGUGGAUAAUCUUCUAGGAGAUUUAAAAAAAUUAUUUAUUGAUAAUAUUAGUGAAACAAUUCUUUCAAUUUUUAAUAGAUUUGAUUUAAUGGAAUUUAUUAAUGGUGAACGUGCUAUAUUUAAUAUUCAAAAUUCAUUAGAUGUGUUUCAACAAAAAGUAUCUGAUAUAUUUGAUAAAACAAAAGAACAAUUAAAUCGUACUAUUGAUGAUGCAAUUAAUUUUGUUUUAACAUUUUGGGAUGGUGUUAAAGAACGACUUCUUGGUUAA